UUGUGUUGUGUUGCCAAAAUUGUGUUUUGCCUUCUGGGAUAUGUAAACAAGUAUAUCUUUUUUUUUACUAAUUAUUAAUAGAUUAUCUCAACUUGGAAAUGAAGUCUGAUUAGAUUACAAUGAAUUAUAUAGACGUCCCAUCUCAUUUUUAAUUACUCCCUUCUCAUAAAGUAUGGUUAUAAUUAAUAUAACUCAAUAAAUAUGUGAAAUCGCCUGAAUAGGAAGUGACUUACGAUUAUGAUGAAAACAAACCACCUGGAUUAAUAAAUAGAUGAUCUUUAAUUUGUUACGAAUGCCUCAAAAUAAGGCUAUCCAUUGUUAUCUGUUGAUGAGUGUAUGGAUCUUGCUCUUAAUUGUUGGGAUUUAUAAAUUUCUAGAGCCAAAGCAGAAAUUUCUUGAUUCUCCUACGGUGGCCACCGAAUUGUACAGUGGCUUGUCGGUGGAUAUCAAAACCAAGAGAAUUUUCAAAAUAUGUAAUUUUCCUGAUGAACUUGAGACAGGGGAAGAAGGGAUACUGCAAACAGACAAAUGGGUACUGAGUGGACUGUUGAUUUUAAUUAGGCAUGGUGAUAGAGGACCGUUACAACAUGUAAAAAAAAUAUCCUCUAUUAACUGUGGAACUGACAACUCAGAACUGUUGACCUCAUACAAGGAUUAUGUAAACAAUCAAACACUUUCUGGGAAAGUAUCAUGGGUAGGUCCAGGACCGUUUCAUGGUUUUCCAUUCCUCCCAACUCAUUCAAAGUUGUGUCAGUUGGGUCAGCUCACUAUGCAAGGUAUAACCCAAUUGCUAAAGUUAGGCCAUUUACUUAGCCAGACGUAUCACAAAGUAUGGCCCAAACUGAGGGUUUUGAGCCCUUACGAACUCAUAAUAUACAGUACAAGGUACAGAAGGACGUUCCAAUCAGCUCUGGCUUUUUUAUAUGGACUAAUCCCUCAUGAUACAUUAACAAGAAUUAAUAUUUAUGAAAGUCAGAGUAUGAGCUUUUGUUUCAAGGAUUGCGGAUGUCCCGUAACAGAAAAACUAUCAAAAUAUGUAAGGAAAAAUAUAUCUCAUCAACUUAGAUCACAUCCAGCUGUAGCGAACCUUGCCGAUACAACUGGAAAAUCUUUAUUUUCAACUAACGCCGAACAGGGUCCACUAGGUAGCGAUCCUCACGCUGUCAGGGAUGCACUUUUAAGUUUCGUUUGCCACAAGAGUGGUCUACCAUGUGAAUCACCUUUAAAUUGUAUAAAGAGACAAAAUGUUGUCGGUAUUUUUGCUUACACCGACUGGGUAAACUAUCAAAAGUGGAGGAAUACCUAUUGGAAAAGAUACUGUUUAUUGAAAUCAUAUGGACUGAUACGGCAUAUCGUCCAGCAAAUGUUACAUAUGGUAUCUAAUAACGGUCCUUACUUAGUGUUGUACUCUGGACAUGACCACACGCUUGAACAGCUCGCCACAGCGCUAGGGCUGCAUAACGAUCCAUUUCUGUUAAGAUACGCAGCUCGAAUUAUAUUCGAAGUGUAUCAGGAUAACCGCGAAUCCAACAAUGCCAAAGGAAUUUAUUUCAGGUUGCUUUCCAACGGGAAAGAUGUUACGAAACAAAUUAGUUUUUGUAAAAACUUCGUCAGUGUGGACGCUAAAACUAACUUGUGCAAGAUUGAAGAUAUCGUAAGAUUUUUGCAUGACGAUUACUUUAGUUCACUGAAUGUAUCAAAUUUUAAAGACGCCUGUCUUUACAAGAAUGAUUAAUGUUAUCGUCAGGCGUUUAAAUGUUUUUAGAAGAUUUUAACAGAUUUAUUUUAUGUGGAAUGUAAAUUAUUGAGAUUUGAUGGUUUUAAAGGAUGAAGGGUGCGGGAGUUAUUCACGAAAUUACAAUUUUUGACAAAUGUAACAGAAUUACAUAAUCAGUAACAUAAAAUUUUUCAUUGGCUCCUGGAAAAACAGUUUCUUACUUUAGAAAUCUUUUAAUAGAAAUAGACGUGAAACGGUUUAUGUACUUUUUAAUAUUUUCUAAAUAUUGUAAUAGGUAUAUUUAUUACACUGUAUUAGUCAGUUACCAUAAUCAAUAUUUAUUUCUUAUUUAUGUUAAGUGGAAUAUCACAAUUUCUAUUUCUAUAUUUGUUUAUUUAAUUAGUAAAAUAAGUUGUAAGAAUAUUUCAAUGUAUGACUAUUUCACACUAAUAUUUUUUUUAAAAGCAUUGUCUCAGCUCUUUACUGUGAUCAAUAAUAGUU